AUGACGACUAACUAUUUGGUGCCAAACACUAAACCGAUUAAUGGAAAUGUAUUUCAUUCAUUCGAAAAGAUAAAUGAAAUAUUCGCAAAGAAUGACGGUAGAAGAUAUUAUAGAGAACUUGAAAGUUCAUGCUAUGACUCUGAUGCUCCAUAUUUUGAUGAUAAACAAACUCAUUUAAGAAUUACAAAUCCGGCUCAUGAUGUGAACCAAUUAGGUGACACAUAUAUUAAACGCAAAGUUAAAGCAACUCUAGUUUCAAAUAAAGCUUUCACAUGUGAUGCCGUUUUUAAAUGCAUGCGUUUAUUCGUUGGUUACAAAUCAUCAAAUCAAAGCUUUAAACAAUUAGAAGUAGAAACCGAAAGAGGUGAUGCCGGUUAUCUUCAGAUGGAUUGCGCCCGUGAAUCUUUCGCAUUUGCAACAUAUAAACCAAAAUCAGAAAGGAAAGUUAAAAAGUUUGUUCAUUCGUUAUAUAAUAAUGUUCAAAAAUAUGAUAACUCAGUAUGUGGUAAAUAUAUUGACCCUUCAGAAGUUUUCAAGAGAGCAAAUGAAGAAGUUGAUGUCACUUUUGAUAUGAUUAUUCCGGUAAAUGAUUUGUUAGCAUUUCAGGCGUUCGAUGAUUAUCCUAAAUCAUUUG